AAGUUAGGCUUCUAGCCACUUGUCGCGUUGGGACAAAAUGAAAAGGGAAUAAAUAAAAAGAGAGAAUAACUGGCUAGUUGUCGUCUGCCUCUCGAUUUCUGCGUGAUUCGCCUGCCUGCCUUCCUUCCUGUUGGUUGCUUCUUUCUACUCGCGCUCGCACCAACCAGAGGAGCAACCGAGCAGUAGCGACUCCUCUGCGUGAGGCCUGCCGUCAUCCCCCGUGGGCCGUGGCCGUGGCCGUGGCCGUGCGCAAAAAAACAAACCAUCCUCGAUUCGACCGGAGGGGAAGGAGACGCGCCGGGAGAAGGGGGAAGAGACGCGGCGACCAUGUCUCCGAUCUGGGUGUUCGGGUACGGCUCGCUGAUCUGGAACCCAGGCUUCGCCUACGACGACCGCGUCGUCGGCUUUGUCAGGGACUACCGCCGCGUCUUCUACCAAGGGAGCACGGACCACAGGGGCACGCCGCAGUUCCCCGGGAGGACCGUCACGCUCGAGCACCAGCCCGGAGCGACUUGCUGGGGAGUUGCUUACAGAAUAAAGGAGGAAGAUAAGGAGAUAGCUUUGGAGUAUCUUGAGGUCAGGGAGAAGCAAUAUGAUGAGAAGGUUUACCUUGACUUGUAUACUGAUUCAUCGCCCAAAGUACCAGCUGUCGAAAAUGUGAUGGUAUACUUCGCCACCAGUAACAAGGAGAACAAUCAAAACUAUCUUGGUCCUGCACCUCUGGAAGAAAUGACCAGGCAAAUUUACCUUGCUCAAGGCCCAUCUGGACCUAACAAAGAGUAUGUGUUCAAACUCGAGGACGCGUUACACAAAUUAGGAGUUGUAGACCAACAUGUCCAAGAACUGGCAAAUGCUCUGCGUGAGUAUUCUGACACCGAGUUAUCUAAGUGAAAGAUCACAUUUACCCCUUGUUUGGAGGGUAAGGAUUUAUAAAUAAAGUUAGAAUUCAUUCAUGCAUGUCCCAACAUGGAUAUAUUCUUGUAAGCUGCGUUUUGAGUGACUACAUUACGAUUAUAUUCCUGUGCACAUGUGGUUUGCAAAAA